GCGCCCCGGGGGGGGGAUGAGCGCGGCCAACGUGAGUCUCACUUCGCUGCAGUCCGCGGGGCGUCGCGCUUCUUCCGCCUCCGAACGCGCAGCGUGCACGAUGCCGCCGACGGAAUGACUGACGACUGCUCGCAAUGCGAGCGAGAUGUGCAGGGUUAACCGUUUCCCCGCACCGCGCGAGCCGAGCGCCCGAUUUCCUCCCGUGACGGGUUGAGUGAGAUGUUCUCCGUUCGCCAUGGCGAGAGGACGGUUUCCAUGGGGACUCUGCAGGAAGCCGCUGCACAUCCAGGCCAGGCUUCCCUACCUGCACAUGAAGUACCUGUUCUUCUCCUGGCUGGCCGUGUUCGUGGGGAGCUGGAUCGUGUACGUCGAGUACUCGUCCUACACAGAGCUGUGCCGAGGGCACGACUGCAAAAAUUCGAUAUGCAAUAAAUACAAGAAAGGAAUCAUUGACGGCUCGGCCUGCAGCAGCCUCUGUGAGAAGGACACGAUUUACCUGGGGAAGUGCUUCACCGCCCAGCCCAAAAGCCAGGUGUACUCGGGGAUCUGGGGGGACCUGGAGGGAGUCAUUAAGUGCCAGAUGGAGGAGGCGCCUCAUUACGACUUGGGGAGCGAGAUGGAGCCGAGGAAGGAGGCUGCGGCCUUCACACUGCCCACCAAGGGGACGUCGGUGGAAAAGUUUAGAGAAAUGAUCCUAAACCACGUGAAGGCUAAAGUGGGGGAUCAGGCCAACAUCGCGGACCUGGCAACCCAAGUGCUGUCCAUAACGGACGCCAACAGAGACGGCCACAUCUCGCUGCCCGAGGCUCGCUCCACGUGGGCUCUGCUGCAGCUCAACGAGUUCCUGCUGGCGCUGGUCCUGCAGGACAGAGAGCACACGCCCAAGCUGCUGGGCUUCUGCGGCGACCUGUACGUGAUGGAGAAGGUGCCGCACACGCCGCUGUACGGCAUCAGCCUGCCGUGGAUCGUGGAGGCGUGGAUCCCGGCGGGCCUGCGCCGCAGCGUGGACCAGUGGUUCACCCCCUCCUGGCCGCACAGGGCCAAGAUCUCCAUCGGGCUGCUGGAGCUGGUGGAGGACGUCUUCCACGGCGCCUUCGGCAGCUUCCUCAUGUGCGACGUGAGCGCCGCCAGUUUCGGCUACAACGGCCGCCACGACCUGAAGGUGAUGGACGCGCGGUACAUCGUGCCCGAGGCCGUCUUCCAAGAAGAGGUCAGGCAGCGGCGCUGCGACGCCGACGAGGAUUGCCUCUACGGGGCCGACUGCGUCACUUCCUGCGACCUCACCAAGCACCGCUGCACGCCAGAGGUCACCAGGCCCAACCUGGCCAAGGCCUGCGAGGCGCUCAAGGACUACGUCCUGAGGGGCGCCCCGGCCGACGUCAGGGAGGAGCUGGAGAAGCAGCUGUACUCGUGCGUGGCGCUCAAAGGGUCGACUGAGCAGAUGGAGAUUGAACACUCGUUGAUUCUGAACAAUCUCAAGACUUUACUCUGGAAGAAGAUCUCUCACACGAAAGACUCCUAAGAGGCUGGAGAUGGAUUCCUCGGGUCAGGAUGUAAAUAUAGGACCGUUUCCCCGCGUCGGUCAACCUUGACAAGUGUAACUCACGUUUUAUCCCGUCAAUGUCACUUCAUUUUAUAUCCAAAGUUGACGUCAAUGUACUGGAGCCAAGUGAGUAGGUGAAUUUCAGAAUAUUGUAAUCAAUAAAUUUGACCAAACUGUUCCAGCCUGAA